CUGAAAGUAAAAACAUCAGCAUUUCAGAGACUCAAACUGUCGUCAAACAAACACACACUUCACGAUCUGAGGUCAGUUUAUCAUUAUGGAGAAUGCAGAGAGCAUUGAUUCUGAAAUGAAACAGAAGAAGAGAAAGAGUCAGAAAACAUCCCCAGCAUCUCCAGAACCCAGUAUUGUGUCUAUGAAGAGUAACCUAUCGUUGCCUGUCCCACCUGAACUCAGUGAUGGAUCAGUAACAUCUGAACCUCUACUAAAGCGUCAGAAAGGAGCUCAUCCAGAACUCAGUGUUGUGUCUCUGAAGAGUAACACAUCGUUGCCUGUCCCACCUGAACUCAGUGAUGGAUUAGUAACAUCUGAACCUCUAUCAAACAUUAGAGGUAAACAUGAUGUGAGUGCAGACGUGCAGCAGGAUUCUCAUCAUGAAUCAGUGGAUGAUGUUCUGCAGACAGUCGAAGACAAACACAAAACCAUCAUGAAGAACAAGUAUGAGAGUUUAUUUGAGGGAAUCAAACAACAAGAAAAUCAAACACUCCUGAACAGAAUUUACACACAGCUGUACAUCAUAGAGGGAGAGAGUGAAGGAGUGAAUGAAGAACAUGAGGUUUUACACAUGGAGAAAACAGCCAGAACACAACACUCACAAGACACUCUAAUCUACUGCAAUGACAUCUUUAAAGCUCAACCAUAUCAAAGAGAGAAAAUCAAGAGUGUUCUUACUAAAGGCAUCGCUGGAAUUGGAAAAACAGUCUCUGUGCAGAAGUUCAUUCUGGACUGGGCCGAGGGAAAAGCCAAUCAGGAUGUAGAUUUCAUGUUUGUGCUUCCAUUUCGAGAGCUGAACUUGAUUCGAGAUCAUCGCUACAGCCUUCAUGAACUUUUGCUGGUCUUUCAUCCUGAACUUCAAGAUCUGGACGCAAAGAUUUAUGAGGAGUGUAAAGUUGUGUUCAUCUUUGAUGGUCUGGAUGAAAACAGAAUUCCACUGAUGUUUUCAGAUGCUCAGAAAGUUUGUGAUGUGACUGACACUUCAUCAGUGGCUGUGUUGAUGUCAAACCUCAUCAAAGGAGAACUGCUUGCCUCUGCUCUCAUCUGGAUCACCUCCAGACCAGCAGCAGCCAAUCAGAUCCCCUUCAAAUAUUUCACGCGUGUGACAGAAAUCCAGGGAUUCGAUGAUGCUCAGAAGGAGGAAUAUUUCAGGAAGAGAAUCAGUGAUGAGCAUCAGUCCAGCAGAAUCAUGUCACACAUUAGAAGAGCGAGAAGCCUCCACAUCAUGUGUCACAUACCAGUCUUCUGUUGGAUCUCAUCCACUGUGCUUCAAAAGCUCCUGAAAGAUGACAAUGAGAGAACAGAAAUCCCUCAAACUCUGACUGAAAUGUACAUCCACUUCCUGCUGAUUCAGAUGAAUAUGAAGAAUCAGAAGUAUGAUGCAGAGAGACUUCUGCAGUUCAACAGAGAAGUGAUUGUGAAACUGGCUGAAGUGGCUUUCAAACAGUUGAUAAAGGGCAAUGUGAUGUUCUAUGAGGAGGAUCUGAGAGAGUGUGGGAUAGACAUCACUGAUGCCUCACUGUAUUCUGGCAUCUGUACUGAGAUCUUUAAGGAGGAAUAUAUCAUUCAUCAGAGGAAAAUCUACUGCUUCAUACAUCUCAGCUUUCAGGAGUUUCUCGCUGCUUUCUAUGUGUUUUACUAUUAUGUAAUCAAAAUUAAAGACACUUUACAGUUUUUUGAUUUAGUUCAUACUCUACAUAAAGAAACAGUAGAUAAAGCUCUUGAGAGUGAAACUGGUCAUCUGGAUCUUUUCUUGAGAUUUUUGCUGGGCAUCUCAAUGGAGUCCAAUCAGAUACUCUUACAGGAUCUAUUGACACACACGGUGGACACCUCACAAACCAUCAAGAGAACCACACAGUACAUUAAAAAUGAAAUCAAGAAUAAUGAUGAUCUCUCAGCUGAAAGAUGCAUCAAUCUGUUUCUAUGUCUUCUUGAAGUGAAUGAUCAGACUCUCUACAGAGAGAUUGAGGAGUUUGUGAGAUCAGAAAAACACUCAGAGGAGAAACUCACUCCUGCUCACUGUUCAGCAAUAGCCUACAUGCUUCAGAUGUCAGAGGAGGUGAUGGAUGAGUUUGAUCUGAAGAAAUACAACACAACACAGGAGGGUAGAAGAAGACUCAUACCAGCUGUCAUCAACUGCACAAGAGCUCUUCUACAGAGCUGUGAUCUGACUGCUGAGUGUUGUAAAAGUUUGUCUUCGUGUCUACAAUCAUCAAACUCUUUGAGAGAGCUGGACCUGAGUAACAAUGAUCUGAAGGAUUCAGGAGUGAAGCUGAUCUCUGAUGCUCUCAAGAGUCAUAACUGUCAACUACAGACACUGAGAUUGGCCAGUUGCAAUCUGACUGCUGAGUGUUGUGAAGUUGUGUCUUCAUGUCUACAAUCCUCAAACUCUCUGAGAGAGCUGGACCUGAGUAACAAUGAUCUGAAGGAUUCAGGAGUGAAGCUGAUCUCUGAUGCUCUCAAGAGUCACAACUGUCAACUACACACACUGAGGUUAUCUGGUUGUAUGGUGACAGAUGAAGGAUGUUGUUGUUUGGCUUCAGCUCUGAGUUCAAACCUGUCACACCUGAGAGAGCUUGACCUGAGCUACAAUCACCCAGAACACUCAGCACUUCAGCUGCUCUCUGAUAGACUCAAUGAUCCAAACAACACACUCAACAAACUCAAUGUGGAUCAUGGAGAAGAGUUCAGAAUUACAGCAGGACCACGCAAGUGGGUCUGUGAUGUCACACUGGAUCUAAACACAGCAAACACUGAACUCAUACUUUCUGAAGAGAACAGAAAUAUCACACGUGUGAAAAAGUCUCAGUCGUAUCCUGAUCAUCCAGACAGAUUUGAUAAUGAUCCUCAGAUUUUGUGUCGAGAGAGUCUGACUGGACGCUGUUACUGGGAGGUUAAAUGGAGUGGAUCAGAUGUUUAUAUAUCAGUGUCAUAUAAAACCAUCAGCAGGAAAGAAAGGAGUCAUGACAGUUGGUUUGGAUUCAAUAUAAGAUCAUGGAGCCUGUACUGCUCCGAUUAUAGGUUCACUGUACGGCACAAUAAGAAUAAAACAGAUAUAGAUGUCUCUUCACCUCUCUCUAAUAGAGUAGGAGUGUAUGUGGACUGGUCGGCCGGCACUCUGUCCUUCUACAGCGUCUCUGACACAAACUCACUCACACACUUACACACAUUCAAUACAACAUUCACUGAACCUCUACAUGCUGGAUUUAGACUUUAUUAUAACUCUUCAGUGUCUCUGUGUAACACACACAGUGAAUGAGUGAAAGAAAUAGUGUACAAUAACUAUGUAUUGUUGAAUACACUGUAAGUCACUUUGUCUGCUAAAUGCAUAAAUGUAAAUUUAAAUAUAGUCUCGUAAACUCUCUCACAUGGUAUUUUAUCGUUUGAAGUAUGUUUAAAAAAAAGUAAAUUCUGUGUGAUCAUUUGAAUGUCUAAUGUAUCUGCAUUGAUUUUUUGUUGUUCUAAAUAUCAACUUUUCUGCAUUGUUUAACCUGUGUUUAACUUUCAUUUAUGAAUGUUAACUUUUAUUUCUAAAAGGUUUAUUAAACGAGAUUAAAUGUAGAUAAAACGGUUAGGGGAUGAAAAUCCAGUAAUUGGGACAAAGCCCAAUUACGGUUGUGCACGGUCCUUGAACAACAACUGGCCACCAAUCCUCAGCUUCCAGGGGUCCAAGAAUAUAUUUCUGUUGAUGUAAAAAAUCUCAAAUAGGGUUUAGAGAACUAGUGGUUGUGUUUCUUAGGUUUGCACAGCAAAUAGUGUUUGGUAGGUUUAUGUGUGUGCUGUUCUGCACAUUUCCUCAAAGAAAAAAAGCAGUGAACGUCAUCUCAGUGUAGAUGAAGGAAAUACAUUUUUUUGUGGCUCUCUACAUCACCCAGACUCAUGAUGGAGGCCUAAAAAUGUGUAUCCAGGCCUUUGUGUGACGUUUUGGAUUUUCUGAUCCUUCUUCAGGCGAGCUCUGGACACAAAAUGCCUGGAAUUCUCUACAGCAGCCAUAUAUAUGCUGUUUCUAAGUUGUCGUGUCCUCACACACAUGCCAAAUCACACAAUAUCACAUUUGUUGUGCUUCAAAAAU